AUGCCACCCUUGCUUCAAGACUCACUUGAACAAGGGGUUUCCCGUCUGUCCCACCUCCUCAAUGGCUCCCAUCCGCGUCAGGAGCUCAACCCUCAGGGACCCCAGCCGAGAGACCGCACAAGCGUCAACGACAGACUUAUACAUUCUGUUUCACUGGCGUCGUCUUCACCAUUGUCAUCGCUAGCGGAUGACUCCCUCUCCAUCCUGGAAGAUAUCGGCGCCAAUCUGAGCCAGCCUCUGCUCAUUCCUCAAAGCGUUGACCAGGUUGAAGGUCUCCUCCGCCUCCUGCUUCAUGUUCCGUCUGGCUUCCUCGUCACCGGCGCCAGGCUUGGUCAACGGGCCAAUGAUCCACAGCUCGCGGAUCUCAUGGGUAAGGGAGAGCAAGUCCUCGGUGGCUCUGAUCUGCUUGACUGUCAGUACAUGAUUCUGAGGGGCAAGGGCGAGAUAUUGUAG